CUGACUGCUGUGGGGCUGUAGAGGGCAAAACCGGUGGGAUCUGGAGCGGAGACUCAGCAGCGCUUUGUUUGUGAAAUCCGGUGCUGCUGCUGUGGCGGGGCGCUGCGUCAGUCAGGCGCUCACGUUUGCUAGAGAACAUGUCAGGAAACAGUCUGGUAUUACCCAUAGUGCUGUGGGGCCGCCAUGCUCCCACCCACUGCAUCUCCAGCCUGCUGGUGAUGGAUGACCUGGCCACCAUCAUCAGCGGCUGCCAUGAUGGUCAGAUCUGCAUCUGGGACUUGACCCCUGACCUUGAGAUUAACCCGCGCGCUCUGCUGUUUGGUCACAGCACCUCCGUCACCUGUCUGUCCAAGGCCAGUGCCAGCAGUGAAAAGCAGUACAUGGUCAGCGCCUCAGAGAGCGGAGAGAUGUGUCUGUGGGAUGCGAGUGAUGGUCGCUGCAUUGAGUUCACCAAGCUGGCCUGUGCUCACACAGGCAUACAGUUUUAUCAGUUCACCAUCGGCACCCAGCGUGAGGGACGUCUCCUGUGUCAUGGUCACUACCCAGAGAUCCUCGUCGUGGAUGCCACCAGUCUGGAAGUCCUUUACUCUCUGGUGUCCAAAAUAUCUCCUGACUGGAUCAGCUCCAUGAGCAUCAUCCGCUCGCAUCGCACCCAGGAAGACACGGUGGUAGCAGUGUCUGUGACCGGAAUUCUGAAAGUGUGGAUCAUCACAGCAGAAGUGAGCCGAAUGCAGGAUCUGGACCCUGUGUUUGAGGAGGAGUCGAAGCCGAUCUACUGCCAGAGCUGUCAGAGUAUUUCAUUCUGCGCCUUCACACAGCUGUCUCUGCUCGUCGUCUGCUCCAAAUACUGGAGGGUGUUCGACGCAGGAGAUUUCUCGCUCCUGUGCUCCGUGCCCAGUGAUAACGAGCAGGCGUGGACAGGAGGAGAGUUCAUCGCUGUCGAUAAAGUUAUAAUCUGGACCGAAGACGGCUGCAGUUACAUCUACAAACUUCCAGCCAGCUGUCUUCCAGCCAGUGAGCACUUCCGUAGUGAUGUAGGGAAAACUGCAGAAGGCUCCAUCCCACCUCUGGUGUACAGCAUUGCAGACCGUACAGACAAGCAGCUGGAGGAGGAGUGCGAGGGCCAGUGUGUUAUCGUGUGUAUCCCUGACAGCGCGUCCGGUCCGGAGCUCUACACUCCUGAGCUGCUGUACCUCCAGCAGCCUCUAGAGGCACCAUUACUGAUCUGUCCUCCAGUGACGCGGUUCUUUUACGGACGCAGAGAGCCGUUCCAUAAGCUGCUGGUUCAGGGCGACUCAGCGGGCAGGCUGACGCUGUGGAGCAUUCCGGACACUUCACCGCUGCAGCCGCUGUCUUCAGCCGCAGAGCUGCAGGUUUCCUCCACUAUCAGCCUGCAGGAGGCGUUCGAUAAGCUCACGCCACUCCCCGCGGGCAUCAUCGACCAGCUGAGCGUGCUGCCAGGCUCUGAGGAACCCAUAAAGGUGACCGCGAGCGUGUACAUCCCGUCUCAGGGCCGCCUGGUAUGCGGCAGGGAAGACGGCAGCAUCGUCCUGGUGCCCGCCACGCAGACCGCCAUCGUCCAGCUGCUGCAGGGAGAACACAUGCUGCGUCGAGGCUGGCCUCCACACCGCACCCUGCGAGGACACAGGAAUAAGGUGACGUGUCUGCUGUACCCUCACCAGGUGUCCCCGCGUUACGAUCAGCGCUCUCUGGUGUCCGGCGGUGUGGAUUUCUCCGUCAUCGUGUGGGACAUUUUCACCGGAGAGAUGAAACACAUCUUCUGUGUGCACGGAGGAGAGAUCACCCAGCUCCUCGUCCCGCCAGAGAACUGCAGCACGCGUGUUCAGCACUGCGUGUGCUCCGUAGCGAGCGAUCACUCGGUGGGUUUGCUGAGUCUCCGAGAGAGGAAGUGCAUCAUGCUGGCCUCGCGCCACCUCUUCCCCAUCCAGGUUAUAAAAUGGCGCCCGUGCGACGAUUACCUGGUAGUCGGCUGCUCUGAUGGCUCUGUAUACGUCUGGCAGAUGGACACAGGGGCAUUGGACCGGUGCGUGAUGGGGAUAACAGCGGUGGAGAUAUUAAAUGCAUGCGACGAGGCCGUGCCGGCGUCUGUAGACGGCCUGAAUCACGCAGCGGUGAAUCUGAAGCAGGCCAUGACACGCCGCAGCCUGGCAGCACUCAAGAACAUGGCACAGCAUAAACUGCACACACUCGCCACCAACCUGCUCGCUGCAGACAACGCAGACAAGGGCAACUUGCCGAAAUAUUCCCAUAAUGCACUGGUGGUGCAGGCGAUGAAGACCAACCUGACCGACCCGGACAUGCACGUUCUGUUUUUCGACGUGGAAGCCGUGAUCAUCCAGCUACUCACCGAGGAGGCACAGCGUCCCAGUCCCACACUCGUGUCCCCGGAAACGCUGCAGAAAACCCCAGGGGGCGCCGAUAAGGGUGGAUCCUUCCUGGCCAAUAAGAUCUUCAAGCAGGUGAAAGAGACCAUCAAAGAGAACAUCAAGGAGCACCUGUUGGACGAAGAUGAAGAUGAGGAGGAGGAGGCUCGCCGCCGUGAGGAGAAAUCCAAGUCCCUCAGCCUGCUGGAGUACAACCUGACCAUGGACACGGCCAAGCUCUUCAUGUCCUGCCUGCACGCGUGGGGCCUGAACAGCAUGCUGGACGAGGUGUGCGUGAGCCGACUGGGCAUGCUCAGACCGCACACGCCCAUCUCCUUCGGCCUGAUCUCGCGUGGAGGUCACAUGUCCCUCAUGCUGCCCACCUUUAAGGACUCGUUGUUGAGGCAGCUAGCGAGGGGCGUCGGCCCUGAAGGCAGGAAGCUCUCUGUUUCCGAAGUGGUGGGAAAAGGCACGUACGGCGUCUCGCGUGCGGUCACGACCCAGCACCUGCUGUCUGUCAUCUCACUGGCGAACACACUAAUGGGCAUGACCAACGCCACGUUCAUGGGCGAGCACAUGAAGAAAGCGCCAGCCAGGCCUCCAAGACCCGGUGCCCCAGAGAGCCCCAAAAAGAUGCCCCCCCAGGUCUCCACCCCGGCAGUGCAGUCCCAGAUCAAACAAGGUUGGAGUCAGCUGGCUGCGAUGCACUGUGUGAUGCUGCCUGAUCUGCUGGGGCUCGAUAAGUUCAGACCUCCCCUACUGGAGAUGCUCGCGCGCAGGUGGCAGGAUCGCUGCUUGGAGGUGAGGGAAGCGGCCCAGGCUCUCUUGUUAGCAGAGUUGCGCAGGGUUGGUCAAUCUGGCAGGAAGGACACCAUCGACAUGUGGGCUCCAUACCUGCCUCAGUAUGUGGAUGCUGUAAGCUCACCUGGAGCCGCUCCAGAGACAGCCCAGCCGACUCCACCCCCAGCCGAAGCCCCACCCACCGAACCCAAAGCUCCAGAGGAAGAGAUGGACGUCACUGACGAUGACAUCACUGCAGGAUGUCUGAGUAACCUCGCUCCCAGCCUCAAGAAGAUCUCCAACUCGUACGAGGAGCGGAGGAAGCAGGCGACGGCCAUCGUGCUGCUUGGUGUGAUCGGGGCCGAGUUCGGAGCAGAGAUCGAGCCGCCCAGGCUGCCGUCCCGCCCCAGAACCAGCGGCCAGGCACCCGACGGCUUCGGACUCACCACCGGGGGCUCCAACUACUCACUGGCACGCCACACCUGUAAGGCGUUGACGUUCCUCCUCCUCCAGCCCCCGAGCCCCAAACUCCCCGCCCACAGCACCAUCCGCCGCACCGCCAUCGAUCUGAUUGGCCGAGGUUUCACCGUGUGGGAGCCGUAUAUGGACGUGUCGGCUGUGCUCAUGGGCCUGCUGGAGCUGUGCGCCGACGCCGAGAAACAGCUGGCCAACAUUACAAUGGGUCUUCCCCUGAACCCGGCGGCCGACUCUGCCCGCUCUGCUCGCCACGCCCUCUCUCUGAUCGCCACGGCACGACCGCCUGCCUUUAUCACCACCAUCGCCAAAGAGGUGCACAGACACACAGCAAUGCAGUCUCAGGGAUCACAGUCUCAGCAGAAUGUUCACACCACCACUCUGGCUCGAGCCAAAACUGAGAUCUUGCGCGUCAUCGACAUCCUCAUUGAGAAAAUGCCUUCAGACGUCGUGGACCUGCUGCUGGAGGUGAUGGACAUUAUUAUGUACUGCAUUGACGGCUCUCUGAUAAAAAAGAAAGGUCUCUCUGAGUGCUUCCCUGCAAUCUGCAAGUUCUACAUGGUGGCUUAUUGUGAUCGGAGUUACCGUGUGGCCGUCGGUUCUCGUCAGGGUUCUGUUGCUCUUCAUGAUGUUCGUACGGGAAAGUGCCAGCACAUCCACGGUCAUAAAGGCCCCAUCACCGCCGUGGCCUUCGCUCCGGACGGACGCUAUCUGGCCAUCUACUCCAACGCUGACAGCCACAUCAGCUUCUGGCAGAUGAACACGUCAAUCUUGGGCAGUAUAGGAAUGCUAAACUCCGCCCCUCAGCUGCGCUGCAUUAAGACCUACCAGGUUCCCCCGGUGCAGCCGGCGUCUCCCGGCUCUCAGAACGCCCUCAAACUGGCUCGGCUCAUCUGGACCUCCAACCGCAACGUCAUCCUGAUGGCCCACGACGGUAAAGAACACCGCUUCAUGGUGUGAGGAAGCUCAUACCAGCACCGAGCUCAGGCUCUCGUCGAGAACUUCAGGACCGUGUACCUCCGAGCAGAACGGAACCCAGGCCACGUCCGGGAGGAGGAGUUUUAUUCAACACUUUGUGUGUUUACAUCACUGUUUUGGGUUUUUUUUCCAUUCCGCUUUUUAUUUAAACCGCUUCUAAAUGUACUUAUGUGUCUGGUAGCUUAUUGAGGAUGAAGAAUUUUGGACAAUCAUCAUUGUUGUCGUUGUGUGAGGGGGUCAAAGGUCAACUGGGGACUUUUUAAGAUAUGACGGGAUUGAUGGGAGUUUUCAUUUCAUUUCAUUUGCACAUCGCAAAAGAGAACCAAAUGUUUCUGGCACAUAACCUGAUCUCCCUGGGGCCCCUGUGCUCCUCCUCCUGCCACACCCUCGUAACUCUGUGAUCCGUGUGUGAUCUCCGAAACUGUUCCUGCAUGAGGUCCUGAAACUUUUUCUCUCACAUUUCAACCAGACCAAAAUGGACCAGAGCCACUUCGUGCAUGGGCUUAGUUUAAAAAACAUUGUCCUACUUCCUGCUUUGGGAUUGUCAACAAUCUGGAUACUUCCUGUUUUACAGUUUCUCGGUAGAACAACAAGCCUGAUUUUUGCUGCUUUCUGUUUUGCCCUAGAUAAUUAAUGUAGCCACUUCCUGUUUUGGCUUGGUAUCCAGAUUCUCCCACUUCCUGUUUUGGCAUAGCUGGCAGACCUCGCUACUUCCUGUUUUGCAUUGAUGCCAGAUCUGUCCACUUCCUGUUUUGUCUUAGUUGGCACACCUGGCCAGUUCCUGUUUCGGCUUAUUUGGCAGAUCUCGCCACUUCCUGUUUUGCCAUAGUUUCCAGAUUUGGCCACUUCCUGUUUUGGCGUAGCUGGCAGAUCUGGCCACUUCCUGUUUUGCAUAGUUGCCAGGUCUGGCCACUCCUCUUUUGGCUUAGUUGGCAGAUCUGUCAACUUCCUGUUUUGGCAUAAUUGCCAAAUCUGGCCACUUCCUGUUUUGGCAUAGUUGGCAGAUCUUGCCACUUCCUGUUUGGGCGUAAUCAACAAACCUAACCCCUUCUGCAUUCAGCGAAUCAGACCCCUUACUGUUAUGAUGUAAUCUGCAAACCCAACCUCUUUGAUUAACCUUUAUAAAUAAACCCCGCCCCUUUUCAUGCCAUGUAGAGGUGGCCUUGAGUCCUGGUCUGACUUCUCACUGAAAGUGUGUCGUGGAGAAACAUAAUCAUAUCACAUGCUGUUGAUUCGUACAUGUUACGUCACCGGGAAGACGCCUGAUCGCAGCUCGUUGUGUUUAUCUAGCUUAAAAAAAAGUGUUUUGUUGUUUUUGUUUUGUCUCGUCGAGCCGUGAGCUGUUUUUUUGUGUUAUUGUGGAAUAUUUGCUAGCGUGUUGUUGAGACGCUGUAUCGCUAUUUAUCAAAGUAGCUUUUCUUAUGUGGGCUUUGGAGUUAGUGUGUGUUGCUAAUGCUGACAAGCCUGCUAACACACACACACACACACACACACACACACACACACACACACACACACACACCAUGUGCUGUAGAUACUAGCUCAGAAUAAAUGAAAGUACAAAAGACUAUUUUUGACAAAUUUUUGUGUGUAUGUUUGUUAGUCUGGAUUUUGGUGCCGCAAAAAGGUGUGUUUUUUGCACGUGUGUGCUUGAAUGUUAAAGGUAGUGGUUACGUUUCAUUCUGAAGACAAUUGCCUCGAAAUCACAAGGUUUGAUGAGACCUGUUGCGUUUUAACAAAUUAAUGACGUCCAUAUUUCGGAUGCCAAACGUUUACAUUUUAACAUGUAUGCAAUUUGUUUAUUUACAAAUGUUUCCUAGUUUAUUGACUUACCCGAGGAUGAUUGCUGAAAUAGCAGCAAAAUUUUUCCUAAAAGUUUCCAGAAAACUUCCUAAAUUUCAACACGACUAGAUUACGGGUUUCUCAAAAACAUAACUAGCUAGUUAACAAAAAGUUGCAAGUUGCACACGUAUUUAACGUAUUUACACGUAGUUAACGUAUUUACAGGUUUACGUACGCUGUAGUCUGACGACGUGAACUGAAAUCGAACAUCGUAAGAUAAUUAUUUGGUCGUGAGUUGCGAUCUCUGGUUCAGUGGCCAAUUUAGUGCCACUACGGUUAACGAUGUUCAGUGACACGCGUUUAAAAUAAACCAAUCGUAGGACGGCAUAGGAUUCCGCAAAUUUAUGAAACCGCUACAAAUACAGUUGUAGCGAUUGCAAAAACGUGAAUUUAAGUUCCUAAUGGAAAAUUAAGUUAAUUGAAUUGAAUUGACUUGUAAGAAUGCUAAUGGACAAAGAUCUCGUUAUUUUGAAGAAUGUUUGUCUUUAGGUCAGCCCAUUUUUGGAUCACACUGAUUGAUGUAAACAGAUAACGUAUUGAUAACGUAAAUUUUAGUCAUUUUCUUAAUCAUAGGUCUAUCAUCAGAGGAUCUUAAUUGUAAAAACCGACAUGUAGAGCGCGUUAUUGCGCUGUCUGUUAUCGACUGCGGACAGGAUAUUAUUUCGGAUCUUGAAAAGCAUGAUCAGUAAUGAUCUUAAUCUGUUUUUAAGUGCUGAAGUUGCUAAAAACCGGUGAGUUAAUUUUCACUACUAGCUACAAGACGAUAAUUUCAUUGAUGUUUAUAAACAAGAUUUUUGUUAACAAUCACGUUCACGUCUUUCAUGCUUUAUAAGCGAAAAAGCUUUUAUCUUGUUAGUGCGCAAAUGCUGAUUAUGUAGGGAGCUGCCUUCUGACUGGAACAAAACCACCAUCUCUGUGUGAGAGAGAGGGAGAUGGAGAGAUGAGAUAGGGACAGGGAGGGAGAAAGCAAGAAAGAGAGGAUGGGGAAAAGUAAGUCAAGAUGGAGAGCUUCCUCCAGUCCUGUGUUUCAGGCCGGUGUGUCAGAAGAACUCGGCUCUCAAACCAUCGACCAACACAGCAGCAUCUCAACUUCUUAACCUCUCUGAGGGAUAUAAACGAGUAGAAAGAGAGAAAACAGCAGAGAUGAAAACGUUCGUGCUUAAAUGGACGUCCAACAAGUGAUCCGUUCCUCUCUGUACACUCUGUGUUUAUUUUCUAAUGCAUUCUUUAGUUCUCUGUAUACAGUAUAAACAAUUUACACACACACACACACACACACACAAAUCCUGGAUUGAUUGAUGGAGCACUGAAAGUAAAAAUAUUACACAGUCGAAUCUCCUGGUGGAACAACUUCAUUCAGAGGUGGUGAUGUUUAUUUUUUGUUUAUAUGUUUAUUUAUUUAGUGUUUUUGGGUUUAGAAUUGUAUGUAACAUAAUUCAGAAGGUUUGUUGUUUUGUUGCCUAACGUUUUUUAUUGUUUGUUUUUUUUUAAUGUAACGUCAGGAAAAAAAACUACUUUGAGGUUUUUUUUCUUUGUUUGGUUGGGGGGGGGGUUUGCCUGCCACUUCCUGUUUUGGCAAAGUUGCCAAAUCUGGCCACUUCCUGUUUGGGUGUAGUCAACAAACGUAACCCCUUCUGACUUCUCACUGAAAGUGUAUCAUGGAGAAACAUAAUCAUAUCACAUGCUGUUGAUUCGUCCAUGUUAUAUCACCAGGAAGACGCCUGAUCGCAGCUCGUUGUGUUUAUCGUAACCAAAAAAAAAAAAAAAGGGGGGGUUCCAAAUUUAACAAAUUGCUCCUGUAGAUUGAGAAUAUCCAAUAAAUCAACUUUUUAUAAUUUGGUAAAAAAAAAAAUUUGUAAAGUUGUUUUAUUGGAUAUUCUCAAUCUACAGUUAAUUGUCUUUAAAUUAAGGAGUAAUUUGUUAAAUUUGGUGCAGACGGUUGAAAGAAAUUAGUGAAAAUAUUUACGUAUCAUCUUUUAAAAAUCAAGUUUGGAGAAAGUCAGCUGGAAAUCAACUUAGAAAUGAAUACACUGCAAUGAGAGAGAGAGAGGUCUGAUUUAUUUUUAUUUCCAGGAAGUUUUACAGUGUAAUAUUUUGGUGACGGAUGCGUUAUAGAUUAAGAAGCGUAUUUACAGCAAAAUUAGAGGUGAAAAAAAAGUAGCGAUUUUUUUAUUUUAUUUUAAUUUUUUUCAAACUUUUGCAACACUGGAUUCAGUUUGUUGCAAAAGUGACUUGUCCAGUUUGUAAUUUAUUUAAUUUUUAUUCCCCGCUGGCCGACAGGCCUGAAGGGGGAUUACGUCGUGGUGAUGCGCGUCCGUCCCGGGAAAGCUGCUCACAUUCUGAAAUCAACUCCUCUCUCAAUGUUUAGAGGAAUUUCAUGAAACUUGGCAGGAGUCUUUGUUAUAUGUCGGUAAUACGCAUAUUGUAAUUUCGUUCAAUUUAGUCACAUUUUUCCAGAGUUAUGGCCGAGUUGCCAGCGGAGGAGAUUGUGCUCUCCGAGUGCUCUUGUCUGAAUUUGCUUUCAACAGCAUAAAGGAAAAAGCAAAGGAACACUUUGGUUUGUUUGGCUUUUAUUUUUUUCCAGAAAUACAAAAAAGCAAAAUGAUGCUUUAAAAUAUAUACAUAAAAAAAUUCCAUUGCUUACUGCAACUUUUCCCUAAAGUCAUGAUUCUGCAAUCAGAUUUCAUAAAGAUUGGACUUUUCCAGUGUCUCAGACUCGUAUCUAAGAAUCGAUGUGUAGAAAUUAAAAAAUUGUGAAAAAGUUAAACCGGAUGAAUUUAAUGUCAUAUUUAUUCGAGGCAUUAAUGUUAAUCUUAUUAGAUUUAGUUCUGUAUUUACUACACUGUCAUUACUACAGCAGAUAGUGUUUAUUACAAUGUAAUAAGGGUUUGUAGAAAUACAGUGUGACUGAUUUAAGGCUGGAAGGUUUCCUCAAUACGAACAAACACACACACACACAAUCUUUCUUUUGCGAUUUAAUAAAUUAGAGAAUUCCAGCAUCAUCUUGAACACUUUACAUCGCUCAUGGCACGUGUGUGAGAGAGAGACUGCUAACAUUUGCUGAAUAUAUUGAACUGUACUGUAAAUCUGUGUUUGAAGGCGACGCUGUUGGUUGUGUACAACUCUGUGUUCAAUAAAAUGAAAGAUAUCUGA